UUUAAACUCUUCAACGGUCACACUGUAGCUUUGCCAAAUGUUUUGUUUCCCGGCUUAAAUAUGUCAAAUUCCGUGAAUAUAUCUGUGGAAACCACCUGCGAAAAUCAGAUACGCGAGAUUGGCUACGAUGGCACCGAGUUAUAUCAGCCGCCCCCGACUUUGUCCGAGAGUUUGGCAAAAUGUGCGGCACGCAUAGACUUUAGCAAGACGUCGCUGGACGAUCUGAAGAAGGAAGAGAAGACAGCAGCAGCGGCCACCGAGGAGGACAAGGAUGCUACUCAGUUUCAGGAGAGCCUGUGGCCCUGGGACGCAGUGCGCAACAAGCUGAAGGAUGCUCUCACCGAGAUUUGUGUUCUGUCCGAUGUCAUUUCCGUGGCUAAGGAUAAACGUUACUUGGUUCUGGAUCCCCUGCUUGAGGAGCCUGACGACACAAAGCCUAUUGUCCAAGUCUACAGCCGCAAGAAAGCUAUUUCCCAGGCGGCCCAAGUGCUCCUCAGCGGAGCUGAACGACUGCGAAAUGCACACAGCGAGCAACGCAGCCGGAACGUAUCUGAUUUCCACAUAGAACUACUACGUCUGCGACAGAAUUGGCGCCUGAAGAAGGUGUCUAAUGCGAUUAUCGGGGAUCUCAGUUACCGGACCGCUGGCUCUAAGUUUGGGAUGAGUGGGACCUUCGAGGUGACCAAAGCGGAAGAAACUGGGGAUGAGGAUGCCCCCAGCAAUGCCAACAACAGCAGCAGCAGUACAUCAAGCAACAAUGGCAUGCAGCUGAAAACCAGCUCCGCAUUGCGGGUGAUAGUCCCAGCGGAGUUACAGGGUGUGGCCUAUAUCAAGGUGAUUACGCAGAAGGAUCAAGAGGACUUGUGCACUGCGCAGGUUAAUCUUAUGGGACAUGGGCCAAAUAUAACCGCACAGGUAGGCGUGUGGCAAAAGACCCUCGAGUUCGCCCAGAAUGUGCUCUUCUGUAAGGAGCUCUUCGCCCAGUUGGCACGUGAAGCCAUCCAGCUACAAGCACCGAUACCCCACGUGGUUAUUGGCAAUCAGAUUCGCGCCACCCUGCUGCCGAACAUUCAACUGAUAAUCUCGUUGUGCCACUCGACCACCUUCGACUCCACCCAGCCGGCUCCAAUCAACGAUCAUGAUCAUGUUUUGGAACACUCAUUGCAUCAGCUGCUGCGUGAAGUGCACUACAAGAACUCCCAUCAUCCAUUUCCCCAUCCUGCAAGUGCUCCACUAGGGCCGACGAAAAAACGCAUGCUGGCAGGUCCUAUGGCGGCGGAUCGGGAAACUCUAUUGGACAUGACCAAGUCGCAGACUAUACUUGAACAGAUUAUCGCCCAGGCACAGCACAUCUUUAUGCGCAAGCGGACCCAGUAUGUGCUCGACACGCUGGCCAGGGAUGUCAAGGAUCCGCAAAUUGUUUCACACUGGAACGCCAUGAACAGUCCUACCAUGUCGUGUGUUAAGAUUAACAUUGUGACGCACGGUUACGACGCCAUUGGACGCACCUCCCUGGUGAUCCAUGUUAAGGAACGUUCUCUGAAGUGCAUUUGUCGAGAUGGUCGUGUUAUGCGUCUGUCCUACGAACCGCAGGAGUUGCGCGAUCUGAUUCUCUGCCAGAUCAAUUCACACCAGAUCUCCUGCCUGAUCAGUUUAGCCCGCUGUAUGGCCUGGACAGUGCUUUCGAAUAGCAACCAUUUGGGCAUCGGAAAGGUGGAGCCGCUGGGCAAUGCUACCUCUUGCCUGCUGGCCUCUCCCAAUAGCGAUCGCAUGAUUGCUGUUCAGAUACGCUGCGAUCCUCAGAUAGAUGUUAAGGUCUACAUAGCUAGAAGUCCACGACAAGACUUCUUUCCCAGUCCACUUGUACCGGAAAAGUUGUGGGAGAAUCUGGGUGGCAAUUUCAAAGAGGUUCGGUUUGACAAAAUCGAGGGCAAAAGCUUCCUCAAUAAAAUGGAAUUUCUGAUGGCUUCACUUACCAGUAACUCAUCCUAAAAAGGCCCACACAAACCCAUUAGAUAAUAGAUUGAAUUAGAACACUAUGUUAGGGAUUAAUUAAAGUAAAAGAGUUGUAAUAAGUUUUA